GCCACACGGAGCCCCCCCAUCAUCCCGCUCCUCCCAUCGCCCCGCCUAUAUAAGCGGCAAGGCGGCGUGCAGACCCAGUAGCCUGUGUGAUGUCGCGGGUUUCGGGUUCACGCCACUCGCUGCCUCCCGCCCGUUGUGUGUUGGUGAGCUCGUCCCCGCCCAGAGCAUGUUAAAUUUACUGGUUCACGGCGCGGUGCCCUUUGGAUAUGCGCCCACGAUGAACGACAGCGAUUACCACGACCUGCAUCACUACCCUUACCACCACGACAGUCCUCAGCAUCACCACCAUCACCUGAACCGUCGAGAUGUCAACUGGCAGAGGGUUGACUACACGCGAGAUCAGCUCCCCCUGCCUGACUUGAUUCCGUGCAACACCCCGCCCCCCUCACCCCUCCGACGCACCCGCUCCUGCCAUGCCUUCUUCCCGGACACCCCCCCGCCCUCACCCCACCUGCCCCCCACGCCCCCGCUCACCCCAGCCUCCCCCAGACCAACGGAGGGGGCGAUAGGUGCGACUGGGGAGAAUAACCAGGCGGGGAGGCAAGAUGAGGACCCCCUACCCCGUGUGUCUCCCCCCCUCCAGCCGCUCUCCUGGCCAAUCCCCUGCCGCCCCCGCCCCCCCAUGGCCCCGCGGGAGGAGGCGAGUGGGGGGGAGGAGGGGGAGGAGCGGCAGACAUGGCGGCGUAUCGGCGCUGACCUGAGGAAGAUCGCUGACCAGUUCCAGGUGACCCACGCGAAGGUGAGAACGAAGAGAACCAGGAAGGAGGAGAAGAAGGAGAAAGAGAACCAGGGAGACGAAGACGAGGGGGAAGAGGACAAAGAGGACGACAACAAGAGGGAGGAGAAGGAAGAAGAGGAGCAGGUGGAGGGAGCUGUGAGUAUUUCCAUCCCAGCAGCUCUUACCAGGUGCCUCUCUGCCUCCCUCCUUCUGCUGGUCUGUUGGCGCCUCGUGAGCAAGUAAGGUAGAUCGGAAUCCCUUUAGGAGGCACAACGGAGGGGAUAAAGAAUUGAGUCCUCCGUUUGGGGGUUCAAGACGGCACCGAGACUUAUUAAAAGGAUUCGAUUGUGGUUAGAAGUGGAUCAGAAUCAAAAGCUUAAAAGAAAAAGUCCUUCGCGGCUCAACCAUUCAAAAUACUCAACCUCCUUCAGUGUUUCAAGACCGUACAAGAAAUUCAAAUUUUGGCCGUGCUGGGAUUCCUAAAACGCCAGAAAACAAAGCAUAGGAUUGCAUGCCCUAAAAUCCUAUGUAAGACGACCCGAGAGCAGGAAAGACCGAAUCCAACUCCCUCAAGAAGAUUCAGGAUUACGGUCAUCCACCACCUCUGGGAUUCUGUGCAAGGCGACGCAAGAGCAAGAAAAAACGAAGGAAUCCAACUCCCUCAAGAAGAUUCAGUCGAGGUCUUGAGGAGGUUACACUUAUCCACCACCUCGUAAGACUUGAUUGGAGGACAGGUUCAAGACACGUUCAGGAGUGGAGCAAGACCAUCCUUAAGCUGCCCCAAUCAACCUAAUCACAAGACAUUUCCAUGAUCUCCCUCCCGCCCCUUCCAAAUACCACUGCCACCCAUUUCUCCCCUCACUGCCAUUACCGCCUCCCCACCAUUCCCCUUGACACCCCCUCCCUUCAUCUGACCCUUUUCCUCCUAUACUUGAAUCCACUAACCUGUCUUUUUUCCUCUCCAUCCCUUUUUUGUCUCUCUUCCUUGAAUCCUUUCCUCCACUCCUACCCAUAAGUCUUCCCUCCUAUUCGAAUCCAAUGACCUAUAUCUUUCCCCUUUCCCUCCCUUUUCCUUUUCUCUCCUCCUUCCUUUCCUUACCCUCCAAUCCUACCCAAAAAUGUCUUUCAAUUGAUGAUAUUCCCUCCAGUCUCUUCCACCUCUUCCCUUCCCUCCACCUCCUUCGACUUUCCUCCUCCCUCUCACAGAAGGAGGAGGAGGUGGAGGCGGAAGGAUAAUAUGACAGGAGGAUAAUUAAGACCCUGUUCCCUCCUUUUCCCUCUUGUUUUCUUACCUCUCUGUUACUCUCUUUCCCCCUCUACCUUCUCCUCACAACCCUAACUCAACACCUUACCUGGACAACCUGAUAAUUAAGGUGUAUGAGUUUACCUUACCUUACCUUAAUCCCUCCCCAAAUUACGUAACCCCCCCCUACACCCCCCACAUACACACUACCGCCCCUGACUUUGCGGGCGAAUACCUUGGUUUAGCUUUACGAAGGGAAACUGACGGAUCUCACUACCCAAUAGUAUUUUGUAAGCUUUUAUAUAUAGUAGCGUUAAGGACCACCGAGAACCACUGCCGGUGAGCCUUCCUUCUCCCCCCCCCCCUCUGCCUCACCUCAAGGAUUUAAUGGAGGGAAGAUGGAGGGCUGUACAGGUACGCGGUGAGGGGAGGUAAGGGCGAUGGGCUUCGGUUGGUUGGAUGUAUACUGUAAAUUCCCCUUACUCUACCCCAUCAUUCCUCCCCUCCCCUCUCCCAUUCCUUGCUGUAAAUUCCCCUUCCCCUCCCCUCUCCCAUUCCUUGCUGUAAAUUCCCCUUCCCCUCCCCUCUCCCAUUCCUUGCUGUAAAUUCCCCUUCCCCUCCCCUAUCAUUCCUCCCCCCUUCUCUUCCAUUCCUUGCUGUAAAUUCCCCUUCCCCUCCCCUAUCAUUCCUCCCCCCUUCUCUUCCAUUCCUUGCUGUAAAUUCCCCUUCCCCUCCCCUCUCCCACUCCUCUACCGGGGUCUCCAUUUCCUUCACUUCCUGUUUGCCUUUCCCUUUCAUUCUGUCUCCUCUUUUCCUCCUUUUACUCUCCCUCCUACCCUUCCCUUAUCUACCCAUUCCUGCUCUUCCCCAUUUUACUGCCCUGACCCUCCUCCUCCUCC